AUUAAAAAUAUUGGUUAGAUUGAGUAAGUAAAUAUAUUAAAAUUUAAAUAUUUCUAUGUCAACAAAUAGAAUGGCAUCAACAUCAAAAACUACGGGUACAGAAAAAUUAAAUCUUGGAAUGAAAUCAAUAAUAAGCGAAUUUCAAGUCAGUUGUGAUAAGGUCAAGCAAUUGAAAGAUAACAAUGAGUUAUACAAUAAAAUGGAACAUAUUGUCAACACAUUAUCCAAUGAAGAAGAAAACAAUAACUAUGCUACAAAAAUUUUAAAUUUCAAAGAAUCCGUGGAAAAUGAAAAAUUGUUUUUCUCAAAUAAGACUGGAAUUUCUCUUGAUUUUUUAUCAAAAAAUGUGCAGUUAGAAUAUGCAGCAAACAUUCUACAAGAAACUGGUAUUGAUGAUUAUAAUGCAAAUAGCAUAUUCACUAAAUAUUUGUCAGUUAUUGAAAAAUGUAAUAAACAAAAAGAAUUAAUUGAUGACAUUGAUGAAUAUUUAAAUAAAUUAAAAAUAGUAAUCGAACAACAAAAUGAUCUUAAAUGUGAAUUAUCUAAUAUAAACUACUUACCUGUAGGCUAUAUAGCUGAACCUAUCAAUAUUAAACCAAUUGAAAGUAUACAAACUGUGGACGACUGUGAUGCGAUAGUGAAAUUGGUCAAAAAAAUAACAGACAUUGAACAGAAACAAGAAAAAAUCUGUUCAGAAACUUCUGAAUUAAAAUCUGCACAGAAAAAAAUGUACCAUGGACUACCACCAAAUAUGGAUCAAGCAAUGAUGGCAGUACAAAUAGCAGAGCAAACAAUGAAGUCCAUAACAAAAAAAUUAAUGGAAAAACUUUAGAAAAUAUAAUUUUGUAACUGAUUCAACAUAAUGUAUCAAAUAGUGUUAUUUUUAUUAUUUAUAUACUUUUGUUGUAAUUAAAAUUUACACUAUUUUUAAUUACUCUUAUUAUUUUUAGUAGCAAUAAAUGUAUAUACAUAUUUUUUAAAACUGUGUUUAUAUCUAUCAUUUUUUGUCAAAUUGGUCAAAAUAUUGAACCACAAAUUAUUAUUGUAAUCUACCUACCUAAUGAUGAGUUGAUAAAUAAAUAUUAUUAC